CUCUGACGAAUAAAACUAUUUACUAGUGCUCUAGCUUAAUUGGUUUCCUUCCAUGGCCUACGAGCAACUUCGAGCCAUGGGGUCGAGCCAUAAGAGUCUCCAGGCCGUUUUGGCUGCGCCCGGGGUGAAGGUAAAGAAGGUCACCAGCUUAUCAGCCGAUGGUCUAACAGAUUUCAUUCAAUCCAUGAUCUCCAAAAAACAAGAGAUGAAAGACCCCUUCUAUGUACUAGACUUCGGGGUGGUGGUGAGUCUCAUGGACAAAUGGAAACGUUCCCUCCCCAACGUCCGCCCCUUCUAUGCUGUCAAAUGCAAUCCUCACCCAGCUUUCCUUGCUGCGCUUGCUGCGCUUGGGGUCAGCUUUGACUGUGCAAGCCGUGCCGAAAUCGAGGCUGUCCUAGCACUCGGCGUCUCUGCAGAUCGAAUUAUCUACGCCAAUCCUUGUAAGGCCGAGGCCCAGAUUAAAUAUGCAGCCAGCGUCGGAGUCAAUCUCACCACUUUCGACUCUCGAGAAGAAAUAGAUAAGCUACGAAGGUGGCAUCCAAAAUGCUCGUUAUUGCUUCGUCUGAAAGCCCCAGACGACGGGGGUGCUCGUUGUCCAUUGGGACCCAAGUAUGGUGCAUUGCCCGAAGAGGUCACCCCUCUUCUACAAGCCGCUCAUGUGGCCCGGCUAACGGUGGCCGGGGUCUCCUUCCACGUAGGCAGCGGGGCUACCCAUUCGCGUGCCUACAGCGGUGCAAUAGCAGCUGCUAAGGCCGUAUUCGACACUGCCGUGGGACUGGGUAUGCCACGCAUGAGCAUCCUCAACGUUGGUGGCGGUUUCACAGCGGGAGUGGGCCCACAAUUUGAAGAUGCUGCCGCUACCAUAAAUGCAGCCAUAAAGGUCCACUUCCUCGAUGAAUCCGGUUUGACAGUAAUUGCUGAGCCGGGUCGGUUCUUCGCUGAGACGGCGUUUACACUGGCAACCAACAUCAUUGGCAAGCGCGUACGUGGGAAGCUGAGAGAGUACUGGAUCAACGACGGUAUAUAUGGGUCCAUGAACUGUAUAUUGUACGACCAUGCUACCGUGACGGCGACACCGUUAGCCUGUACAUCCAAUCGUUCCAACCCUACUUGUCGAGGAGGAAAGACGUACACAUCGACCGUGUUUGGGCCCACUUGUGAUGCGCUGGACACGAUUCUCACGGGUCACCAACUGCCGGAACUUCAGGUAAACGAUUGGCUUCUGUUUCCCAACAUGGGUGCCUACACGGCCUCUGCGGGGUCAAAUUUCAACGGCUUCAACACCUCCGCCAUCCCCACCCACCUGGCGUUCUCACCUCCAGCUCCAUGCUAGACCGGUGUAGAUGCUUUUCUCCUCGAUUCCAACUCCAACGACGUCGCGGUUGUCAAGUAGCGCUUUCCUCUCUUGUUGGGGGUGGUUGUUAGUUGUUAGUCGUUAGUGGACGGACUGUAACUUCGCACUUUGAAAUAUAUCUUAUAAUUUCUAUCUCA